CUCGAAAACUUGAAGCUCGAUAUCGUCUCCAUUAUAAACCUCGACUUCGUUACGACGAACGACUCGCACCAAGCACCCGACAUGGCGCCUGAUUCGCUCGUUCUAGUCACUGGUAUCAAUGGCCACAUCGCUAGCGCCACAGCCGUCCGGCUCCUGGAGCAGGGUUACCGCGUGCGCGGGACCAUCCGUUCACUCUCCCGCACGACAUUCCUACGGAACGCCUUCGCACAUUACGGGGGUCACUUCGAGAUAGUAGAAGUAGCGGACAUUACCGCGGAGCACGCAUUCGAUGAUGCAAUGAAGGGAGUGGACGUAGUGAUCCACGUCGCUUCUCCAGUACACAUGGACGCUAAGAGUCCUGACGAACAUAACAUCCCCGCAGUUCAAGGAUCGCUGGGUAUCCUACGUUCAGCGCGUGCCGAGCCUAGCGUCACGCACUUCUGCUACAUGAGCUCGAUAGUGACGCUCAUCGCGACUGCCAAAGACCCCAAAACAGAGGUGAUCACGCCCGACGAUUGGAACGUGAAGUCGGAGGAAUGGGCGCACACCUUGGAGCCGUCCCACCCUCGGAAAGCCUUUCAUAUAUACUGUGGAAGUAAGGUUCGUGCCGACAAGGCAUGUUGGGAGUACAUACAGACGCACAAGCCGAACUUCACUUUCACGACGGUGCUGCCAGGGCCUACUUUCGGUCCAAUUCAUAAUCCAGUGACGAGGCCUCCUGGAGGCGACACCUCGCUUGGCCAAGUGUACGACUUCAUCGCCGUCCCACCGCGCAUCAAGGAUGCCUCCACGGUCGUCAAUUUCCCGUUCGUCCACGUAUACGACGUGGCUGAUCUGUGCGUGCAGUCUAUCACGAAUCCCGACGCGCACGGGAAGCGACUAGUAGCAGUGCACGAGAAGGUUGCCUUCGCUGAGAUUGGGGACAUCCUACGCAAGGCAUACCCGGACCGCCCCGUACCGCCUGGCACAGUCGACGGUGCCUGCUUGGACUAUCCGGACAGAGAGGUGAUCAGGUGGGACACGUCGCUGAGCACGGAGGUACUCGGAGGAAAGUGGAGAUCACUCGAGGAUGCGAUAAUGUCGUGCGCAGCAGACUUGGCGGAGAAGGAGAAGGGCGGGUGGGACAUAGAAUAGGUGGAGUUGUAUAUACAGGCUACCUUGGAUACACGCCGCUGUCAUGAUGGUCUCGCUAUAAUCCCUGCUCCUGACCGACACUGCCUCUGCGGAGAUCGCACAUCCAUCACAGUCUGCAUCAUUGGG